GUUAAGGUUAGUGUGAGGGUUAGGGCUUCGGUUCCGGGGGUUCAGUUUAUUGCACGGGCCUACUGGUCCCCGAGUACCUAAAAAAAGUUGGUUUUAUUGUAGCAGGUGGGUGAUGAGAAGAGAGGAAAGAGCAGAUGAAGUAUAUGGGGUGAGCAAGUCCAGGCAGCAGUGAUGGAGUGGAGAUGGCGGGGUGGAGAUGAGAUGUUGGUGGAUUGGUUGCUGUCCCUGUAGGGCGGUGCUGGAAGGUGGUGCUGAAAAUAAACAGUUCUCAAAGGUUCUCAGAUGAUUUAUUUCUCGUUGAGGCCCCCUGGUGUUCUUGAUUGUAGUCGAUUGAUCCACUUUGUUUCUUGGUAUUUCCUUGUCUUGGUGGUCCAGUUCUUGUUUCCCUCCAGGCCUGUAAUAGUGAAGUCUGGAGUCUGGUGGCUGCGGAGGUGAGUGUAAAGGGUGGUGGUCAGUCCACCUUCCCUAGCUCUGUAGAUGUGUUGUUUGAGUCUGGUAAGUAUUGAAUUUUGGGUUUCUCCGAUGUAUAUUUUGUGGCAUGUUGAACAGGUUAUUGCAUAUAUCAUGUUGGUGGAGUGGAUGUUGUAUUGUUGUGUGAUGGGUGCUGAUUUGUUGGUGUGUCUGUUGUGGAUAGUGGGUAGGUGUUUGUAUUUAUUGUCGUGUGGUGUUUUGGUCCGAGGUUUGUUUUGUGUGAAUUUGGAUUUUAUUAAUAGUUUAUGUAGUUUAGGAUUCUUUCUGUAAGCUAAUAGGAGUCGGCAGUUUUGUAAUGUGUCAUAUUGUGUUUGAGUGUUGAUGAAAUUGGCUCUUAUUUGUUGUAUUAUUGUAUUAUUUUUUCGACUUUUUUUUACAUGACAAGGCAAAAGUUUUUCCAAGUCUCAGUGUGUCGUGUCUCCAUUUGGCCACCAGGAGGCAGUAGCCUCCUCGCGAGGACUCUGAACCUUCUUAUUUUGACGUUUGAACCCUUUAAGUGAGGGUUGAAGGAGUGAGGACGGGCUGCAUGACUCACAUUUCCAAACACCAGCCUUCUCGACUGGGGUUUGAUCAGGUCGUGACCUGGACACACGGGUCACACUGAUGCCCUCAACCUUGAAGCCAAAAGAGCCGGUCCCUGGUGAGCACUCUGGCUGGGUGACACCUCGGGAGCCCUCAGUCACUGACUGGAGGCCAGCCCCCCCCACCAUCAUCCGAUCCAUCUCCCCUCUCCUUGCCCCACACCCAUCCCCAAGCAAGGCCUGUCACUGCUUCAGUCUAAAUUUAACCUUCAGCAGGACCAACUGCUCCUCGGCAGCUCCGCUCUCUUCUCCUGGCAGGAGGGAUUCCAUCUGCUGCGGGACCCCCGAGCCGGUCGGCUCAGCUGAGGAUAGGAGCCAGGGAACCCUGAGCAGGAGGACCUUCUCUUGGGAUCGUAGCGGUCGACACCACUCCUAGUGGCUCCGGCAGGAUGGCGGCAAAUGGGGACGCCACCAAGCCGGUCAUCAUGAACGAGGAAGAGCUGAAGAGGAAGCAGCGGGAGAAGCUGAAGAAGCUGCAGGCCACGGGAGGGAACCCCAGACCUGCCAGAUCCCUCUUCUUCUUCACUCUGAAGAAUCCUUUCCGCAAGGCCUGCAUCAACAUCGUGGAGUGGAAAACCUUCGAGAUCAUCAUCCUGCUGACCAUCUUCGCCAACUGCGUGGCGCUGGCCGUGUUCCUGCCCAUGCCCGAGGAGGACAGCAACAACACCAACUCCAGCCUGGAGAGUCUGGAGUACAUCUUCCUCGUCAUCUUCACGCUCGAGUGCUUCCUGAAGAUCGUGGCCUACGGUUUGGUGUUUCACGAAGGAGCUUAUUUACGAAACUGUUGGAACAUCCUGGACUUUGUCAUCGUCUUCAUGGGGCUCUUCACCUUCGCCAUCGACACCAUCAACAAAAUCUCCGGCGUGCCGCUGGAGAAGGGAGGAGGCUUCGACAUGAAGGCCCUCCGAGCCUUCAGGGUGCUGAGGCCUCUUCGCCUGGUGUCAGGAGUGCCCAGUCUGCAGGUGGUGAUGAACUCCAUCCUGAAGGCCAUGCUGCCCCUGCUGCAUAUCGCUCUGCUGGUCUUCCUGUUGGUCACCAUCUACGCCAUCAUGGGCCUGGAGCUCUUCAAGUGUAAGAUGCACAAGACCUGCUACUACUCUGGCACAGAUAUCUACGCCACCGCUGAGGGUGAGAUGCCGGCACCGUGCGCUCAGGCGGGCAACGGUCGCCGCUGCGCCAUCAACGGCUCCGAGUGUCGUCUUGGAUGGGAGGGGCCCAACAAUGGCAUCACGCACUUCGACAACAUUGGCUUCGCCAUGCUGACCGUCUACCAGUGCAUCACCAUGGAGGGCUGGACCAAAGUCCUGUACUGGAUCAACGACGCCAUUGGAAACGAGUGGCCGUGGGUCUACUUUGUCCCACUCAUCCUGAUCGGCUCCUUCUUCGUGCUGAAUCUGGUGCUGGGCGUCCUGAGCGGAGAGUUUACCAAAGAACGGGAGAAGGCCCGGUCCCGAGGAGAGUUCCAGAAGCUCAGGGAGCGGCAGCAGCUGGACGAAGACCUGCACGGUUACAUGGAGUGGAUCACGCACGCUGAGGUCCUGGACGCCGACAGAGAGGGCAAAGGACUGCUGCCGCUGACCAACGGGGACUCGGACGAGGACAGCUUGUACGGCCUGGAGGGGAAGAGUCGGGUUGUCUACUACUACCGCCUCGCUCGCCGGUGGAACCGCUUCUUCAGGAUGAAGUGUCUGGUGUACAUCAAGACCGACGGCUUCUACUGGCUGGUGAUGAUCCUGGUCCUCCUCAACACGCUGACCAUCGCCACAGAGUACCAUCACCAGCCCGUCUGGCUCACCUCGCUGCAGGAUGUGGCCAGUCGCGUUCUGCUGGUCCUCUUUGUGGUGGAGAUGUUUGUGAAGAUGUAUGCGCUGGGACCUCGAGCCUACUUCAUGUCGCUGUUCAACCGCUUUGACUUCUUUGUGGUCCUGUGCGGGAUCCUGGAGAUGAUCAUGUUCUCGGCCGGAGCCGUCACGCCCCUGGGCUUCUCUGUGCUCAGGUGCAUUCGUCUGCUGAGGAUCCUCAAGGUCACCAAGUACUGGACGUCUCUGAGCAACCUGGUGGCCUCCCUCCUCAACUCGGUCCGCUCCAUCGCCUCCCUGCUGCUGCUCCUCUUCCUCUUCAUCGUCAUCUUCUCCCUGCUGGGCAUGCAGGUGUUCGGAGGGAAGUUCAACUUCCCCGACGACCGACCGAGACGCAGCAACUUUGACAACUUCCCUCAGGCUCUGAUCAGCGUCUUCCAGAUCCUGACCGGGGAGGACUGGACCGCCAUCAUGAACGAUGGCAUCAUGGCGUACGGAGGACCAGUGAUCCCAGGAAUCCUGGUGGCCAUCUAUUUCAUCGUCCUCUUCGUCUGUGGAAACUAUAUACUCCUCAACGUCUUCCUGGCCAUCGCCGUGGACAACCUGGCGGAGGCCGAGAGUCUGACGUCGGCUCAGAAGGAGAAGGCGGAAGAGAAGCUGAGGAGGAAGCUGCUCAGGUCCAAGAUGCCCGAUAAGACUGACGAGGAGCGUGAGAGAAUCGCCAAGAAACUGGCCGAGCAGAGAGCCAAGAUCGAGGGCAUGCCCACCACCGCCAAGCUGAAGAUUGACGAGUUUGAAUCCAACGUCAAUGAAGUGAAGGAUCCGUUCCCUCCUGCGGACUUUCCAGGUGAUGAUGAGGAGGAGGAGCCCGACAUCCCCGUCAGCCCUCGGCCUCGACCGAUGGCCGACCUGCAGCUGAAGGAAGAGGCGGUGCCUUUACCAGAAGCCAGCUCCUUCUUCAUCUUUGGACCACAAAACAAGUUCCGUAAACUGUGCUACAAGAUCAUCAACGCCUCAUCUUUCACCAACCUCAUCCUCCUCUUCAUCCUGCUCUCCUCCAUCUCCCUGGCGGCCGAGGACCCCAUAGACCCUAAAUCCUACAGAAACCAGAUCCUGGCCUACGCCGACAUAGUCUUCACCACCGUCUUCACCAUAGAAAUCGUCCUCAAGAUGACCGUGUACGGUGCCUUCAUGCACGAGGGUUCCUUCUGCCGCAACUCCUUCAACAUCCUGGACUUGAUUGUGGUCGGGGUCUCGCUGCUCUCGAUGGGGAUGGAAUCGAGUGCCAUCUCCGUGGUGAAGAUCCUCAGGGUGUUGAGGGUGCUGAGGCCGCUCCGAGCCAUCAACCGAGCUAAAGGGUUAAAGCACGUGGUCCAGUGUGUCUUCGUCGCCAUCAAAACCAUCGGCAACAUCGUCCUGGUCACCAUGCUCCUCAACUUCAUGUUCGCCUGCAUCGGCGUGCAGCUCUUCAAGGGUAAAUUCUACAGCUGCACAGACGAGCUCCAGACCAGCGAGCAGACCUGCCAAGGAUUCUACCUGAAGCACGUGGAGAAUUCACUGCAGGACACGGUGGUGGCCAAGAGAGAGUGGGUCAACAACGACUUCAACUUCGACAACGUGCUCAACGGCAUGUUGGCGCUCUUCACGGUCUCCACGUUUGAGGGCUGGCCAAAGCUCUUGUAUCGGGCCAUCGACUCAGACCAGGAGGACCUGGGCCCCGUCUUCAACAACCGUGUGGACGUGUCCAUCUUCUUCAUCGUCUACAUCAUCCUCAUCGCCUUCUUCAUGAUGAACAUCUUCGUGGGCUUCGUCAUCGUCACCUUCCAGGAGCAGGGGGAGCAGGAGUACAAGGACUGCGAGCUGGACAAAAACCAGCGUCAGUGUGUCCAGUACGCCCUGAAGGCCCGCCCGCUCCGAUGCUACAUCCCCAAAAACCCCUACCAGUACCGCGUCUGGUACGUGGUGACGUCGUGCUACUUCGAGUACCUGAUGUUCUUCCUCAUCAUGCUCAACACCCUGUGUCUGGGAAUGCAGCAUUGCAACCAGUCGGAUCACGUGACCCAACUGUCGGACACUCUGAACCUGAUCUUCACCGUGCUCUUCACUGUGGAGAUGAUUCUCAAGCUCAUGGCCUUCAAAGCCAAGGGUUACUUCGGAGACCCAUGGAACGUGUUUGACUUCGUCAUCGUCGUCGGCAGCGUGGUGGACGUCAUCCUGAGCGAAGUGAACACCGCCCUGGCUUCCAGUGGAGGACUGUACUGUCUCCAUGGCUGCGCUACCAAUCCCAUGCAGGAGAUCGCGGCCGCCGAGAACGCCUCCGUCUCCAUCACCUUCUUCCGACUCUUCCGCGUCAUGCGUCUGGUGAAACUGCUGAACCGAUCGGAAGGCAUCCGGAACCUGCUGUGGACCUUCAUCAAGUCCUUCCAGGCGCUUCCUCACGUGGCCCUGCUCAUCAUCAUGUUGUUCUUCAUCUACGCCGUCAUCGGGAUGCAGAUCUUCGGGAAGAUCGCUCUGGUGGACGGAACCCAAAUCAACCGCAAUAACAACUUCCAGACCUUCCCUCAGGCCGUCCUGAUGUUGUUCCGGUGUGCGACAGGUGAGGCCUGGGAGGAAGUCAUGAUGGCAUCAAUGUACGGGAAGAAGUGCGACCCCAAGUCGGACUUCCUGCCUGGAGACGAGUUCACCUGCGGGUCCAACUUCGCCGUCUUCUACUUCCUCAGCUUUUACUGUUUGUGCGCCUUCCUGAUUCUCAACCUGUUUGUGGCCGUCAUCAUGGACAACUUCGACUACCUGACCCGGGACUGGUCUCUGCUGGGGCCGCACCACCUGGACGAGUUCAAGAAGAUCUGGGCCGAGUACGACCCGGAAGCGACUGGGCGGAUCAAACACCUGGACGUGGUGACGCUGCUCAGGCGGAUCCAGCCUCCACUGGGCUUCGGAAAGUUUUGUCCGCACAGAGCUGCGUGCAAGCGGCUGGUGGGCAUGAACAUGCCUCUGAACGGCGACGGCACCGUCACCUUCAACGCCACGCUCUUCGCUCUGGUCCGGACGGCUCUCAAGAUCAAAACAGAAGGCAACUUUGAACAGGCUAAUGAGGAACUGCGAGCGAUCAUCAAGUCCAUUUGGAAGCGGACCAGCAUGAAGCUGCUGGACCAGGUCAUCCCGCCCAUCGGAGACGACGAGGUGACGGUGGGAAAGUUCUACGCCACCUUCCUCCUCCAGGACCACUUCAGGAAGUUCAUGAAGCGUCAGGAGGAGUAUUACGGCUACCGACCCUCCAAGAAGAGCGCGUCCGGCCCAGAGAUCCAGGCGGGUCUGAGGAACAUCGACGACGAAGCAGCUCCAGAGAUGCACAGAGCCAUUUCGGGCGACCUGCAGAACGAAGAGGAGCUGGACCGAGCCAUGGAGGAGGCUGGUGAGGAGGGCAUUUAUCAGAGGACUCAUGACCUCUUCGGGAACCGCGUGGACUCCUUCCCUCCAGAAGUCGCCAACACUCUCCCUCCACAAAUGACCAACCAGAGACCCCUCAAGUUCUCCGACGGUCGGUCCGAGUCGCCGGCAAACCCAGACUUCCUGUCGGCCGGAGGAACUAAAGACAACACCAACAACAACGCUUUCGCAGAGUUCUCCUUUGAGCGAGAAGGAAGUCCAGAGGACUGUGAGGACCUGGAGCCUGACGACCGACGGCCCUGGGACGUCCCGGCCAGAGGAACCAGGCGACAGCAGAGCCAUGGCGACGGUGAGACUCCAGGAGCAGCGCAGACGUCCACGUACUCGUCCAUCAACAAGCAGGAGCUGGCAGACAUCGCGCAGGAGAUCUUGAGUGAGCGCGGCAGCUCCGCCCUGAGGAAGAAGCGCCCCGUCCCUGUCCCGCCGCUGGUCCCGGACACGGCUCAGCCAGAUCCGGCAGUGAGGAGGAAGCGCCGCCCGGUGCCGCUGGUCCCCUCUGUACCUGAGUCCGGCAUCUAAUGGAGGCCGGACACUCGCCCAGGAGACGACUCCGGUGGAGGGCUGAACUUGGACUCGCAGAAAAAAACUUAUCAUCUGAGGCUUGGUGUCGGAGCAGAUGGACGCGGACGACUGGUUGGCGUCGCACUGACAAGGCUCCCGGACACGACACGACACAAAUGAGCUGGACAAGAAGUGUUUUGUAACCUGGGACGUGACUGGACUGGACUGGACGGUUUUCAGCUUCACCACCUUUUAUUUCUGGUCUGGCUGACGUCAGGAGGGAUAGGAGAAAUGAGGCGACCGCGGAGAUGAGAUCAUAGCGAGAACAAAGAGGACACCCACUUAUGAGCACCUGCUGAAUACCGACGCUCAUCUGACCCCUCACGCUGGGCUCAGGGGAGCGAGAGGUCAGAUGUCUGGACCACACCUGACAGGUACGGACUGCUGCCCGUGCAGAACCUUCGCCACAGCCGACGCACCUGAGCGAUACGGGGCAAGUGGUCGGAGUGUUACGGCUCGUGUAGUGUCUUGUGACUUCAGUCUCAAGUUUCCAGACUUCUGCUGCUUCUCUUCUCGCAACCUCUGUUGGGCAGAACCGUUUAAAAAAUGCACUUUUUCAUGCUUUAAUAAAAUUUAGAGGAGUGGUUUUUUUUUCGCAUCUC